UUUAUUGAGCAGAAGGGCUGGUUGGAGGAGGGUAAUAGCAACGCGAGCCAAGCCUUAUUCGACCAGGCCGAAAAAGCUCGAAGCCGAGUUGAAUUUGGCCGAAAGGCCAACGCCUGCCGGGAGAUAGGAGCCGACAUUCGGAUGCAGUACGAUAGGGCGGUUUGGGACAGGCAGCCAAAGGAUGCGAAUGGCGAUAUUGUGAAGAAGGCCCUCCUAGUUGAGGAAGGACUGGUCAAGGAAACAAUGGCAAUGCCUGAUGGAGCAGUUGCAGGAUGGAUUACAUGCGACCUUCCAGCUGCCCGAAAUUCGGUCAACGCCGCAGAGAAGGCAGCUGGCAGGAACCCCAUGAAACUAAAGAAUUUCGCAAGCUCUUGGCAACGGAAGGAAAAGGCACAUAUGUUGAAAAACCAGGCAGCGACAGAAGCAAAGGCCAAUAUUACCGGUUGUUCGGCUUGA